UCUGUUUUGCUUUCAGCAAUUCUUAGAGCUGCUGAAAAGCAUGACUUCCUCUUCUGUUGUUGAUAAACCUCCGGUAAGACGGGUUGCUAUCUUCGGGGGAACUCAUGGCAAUGAGUUAUCAGGGGUAUUUUUGGUCAAGCACUGGCAAGAGAAUGGAGCUGAGAUUCAAAGAACAGGAAUGGAAGUGAAACCAUUUCUUACCAACCCGAGAGCUGUGAAGAAGUGUACUAGAUACAUUGACUGUGAUCUGAACCGUGUUUUUGACCCUGAUAAUCUUGGCAGGACAGUGGUGGAAGAUAUUCCAUAUGAAGUGAGAAGGGCUCAGGAAAUCAAUCAUAUAUUUGGUCCAAAAGGUAGUGAUGAUGCGUAUGACCUUAUUUUUGACCUUCACAACACCACUUCUAACAUGGGUGGUACCCUUAUUCUUGAAAACUCCAGGGAUGACUUUACAAUUCAAAUGUUUCAUUAUAUCAAGAACGCUCUGGCUCCAGAAUGCUGUCCUGUUUUGCUGAUUGAACAUCCUAGCUUGAAAUAUGCAACAACUCGAUCUGUAGCAAAACAUCCUGUUGGUGUGGAGGUGGGUCCCCAGCCACAAGGUGUUGUUAGAGCUGAUACUUUGGACAAAAUGAGGAAGAUUGUCAAACACGGCCUUGAUUUUGUGCAACUUUUUAAUGAAGGAAAGGAAUAUCCACCAUGUACAAUUGAGGUUUUUAAAAUAAUGGAGAAAGUAGAUUAUCCCAGGAAUAAGAAUGAUGAAGUUAUUGCUAUUAUUCAUCCUAAACUGCAGGAUCAAGACUGGCAGCCACUGAACAAUGGUGAUCCUCUAUUUUUGACUCUUGAUGGAGAAGUAAUUGCAUAUAAAGGGGACUGUACAGUCUAUCCAACAUUUAUUAACGAAGCUGCGUAUUAUGAAAAGAAACAAGCUUUUGUAAAAACAGUAAAAAUGAAACUCACUGCAAGACACAUCAGAUCCUCAGUCUUAGACCAGAACACUUCUUAA